AUGUCAGCUGAGUCAACUCACAACAAGAACAAUAAUAACAAAAUUAAGCGUCCUGAUGUUGCUGUCAGAGAUAGAAAGUUAGACACUCUAAAUGUUCAAUUGAAAAAGAUUGAUAACGAAAUUGCUAUCUUGAAAAAACAAAUCGAUCAAACUCAAGUUAAUGAUGUUCAACAAGAUGAAAGAAAUAAGUUAAACACCAAAACUAAAGAAAUCAUCAAGACUCAAGCUGAAUUGAAAACUAAGAGAAAUGCUAUUUUUGAAAACAUCAAAUUGUUGGAUUCUCAAAUCAAGAGAAAGACUGCUGAAAUUGAUGAAAAAUUAGGUUCUUCUUCAGCUGCUAAGAAAAACAAGAGUAGAUACAACUCUGCUGCUGACAUCAAAUUGAGAUUAGUCGAAAUUGAUGAGGCUAUUUCUAGUGGUGAGUUAUCCUUAGUUGAAGAAAAAUUAUUAGUCAAGGAGUCUCAACAAUUGAACAAGUUGCAAAAAGAUUUGUCGUUGGUGGAACCAAUUAAGAAGUCCAUUGAAGAAGACAGAUCUAAGAUUGCUGAAAUGAAAGAAGAACUGAAUGCUAUGAAUCCAAAGGAAUUAUCAAGUCAAUUCGAUGAAGCUCAAAAACAAUUAAAUGCAUUACAUGAAAAGACCCAGGGUGUCUACGAUAAGAGAAAUACCUUAUUUAAUAAGAGAAGUUUAUUAUAUAAUAAGAGAGAUGAAAUUUACCAACAAAUUAGAAAGAUUAGACAAGAUUUCGAUAACGAAUUUAAAGCAUUCAGAUCAAAGCUUGAAAAUGAAAGAUUAAAGAGAGAAGAAGAUGAAAAAUUGUCCAAGAUCAUAGAAGAAAAAGAAGAAAAAUUAUCCAAGUUACAGGAUAAAUUAUUACAUGCUAAGCAACCAGCUUUCACCUUCGAAAUUGAAGCCAUUGAAAACUCUUUGACUGUCUUAGACCCAUCAUAUGUUAAGCCAAAGAAAGAGAUUUUUGAACAAGAAAGCUCUUUAGCUACUUCUGCUCCAGUUAGAAAGGUUGAAAAUGAUUUAGUUCCAAUUAAGAAAGAAAAUGAUGAUAUUUUCUACAACACUGUACCAUCUAAGUCUAAGAAAUUCAAGAAAAAGAACCAAAACAAGCAAGCUCAAGCUGCUACACUUUCGGCCGAUGGUAAAUUCUCCUUAGAACCAACUUUAAUUGCCACUUUAGCUGAAUUAGAUGUUACUGUACCAAUCUCCCAAGAUGAUGUUUCUAAAACUAUUGAACAAUUAAAGAAGAAGCACGAAGAUUUUGUUGCCAGACAAGAUGAACAAACUGAAAAAAUAUUGCUGCUGCAGAAAAGGAUAUUGCUGCUAUUGAACUUUCCUACAAAGAAAAGGAAGAAGCAAUCAAGAAGGAAUUGGAAGAAAAGAGAGCUGCUGAACAAGCUGAAAAGGAAAUUGAAGCAGCUUCAGCUUAAUAUUUCAUGGCUAUUUAAUAUGUUUAACCUUUUCUCGCAUGCAUUCCAUGUUGCUUAA